AUGGCCGUCCUACAGUUCCUCGCCUACCUCAUCGGCGGGCAGAUCGCCUUGACCGUCGCCUUCUACAUGCUGUCCCUCGUCGUGCCCAAGGCCGCCUUCGCGGCGCGCUCGCUCGCCUCCUACAUGUCCCUAGUCGUCGUCGCCCUGUACGGUGUCUUCGCCUCCAUAGCGCUGCGCAUCGUCGGCAUGCAGCAGAUCGCCCAAUGGACCACCGGCCGUGCCUUCAAGUACGCCAUGGCUGCCACCACGGGCAUCAGCUUCGAGAUCAUUGACCCCGGACGCCACCUCGACACCGUGCGCCCGGCCGUCUUCAUCGGCAACCACCAGACCGAGCUCGACGUCCUCAUGCUGGGAACCAUGUUCCCCAAGUACUGCAGCGUCACUGCCAAGAAGUCGCUGAAGAGCUGGCCGUUCUUGGGCUGGUUCAUGGCCCUGAGCGGAACCGUCUUCAUCGACCGCAAGAACACCCAGGACGCACGACAGGCCAUGGCUGGUGCCGCCGAGGAGAUCAAGAACCGCAAGCAGAGUGUCUACAUGUUCCCCGAGGGUACCCGUAGUUAUACCAAGGACCCCACUCUCCUGCCUUUCAAGAAGGGCGCUUUCCACCUGGCCGUCCAGGCUGGUGUGCCCAUUGUCCCCGUUGUCGUCGCCAACUACUCGCAUGUUCUCUACUUGAAGAGCUUUGUCUUCAACUCGGGAAAGAUCCCCUGCAAAGUUCUCGACCCUAUCCCUACCGCCGGCCUGACGGCUGCCGACGUGGACGAGCUUACCCGAUCCACGCGAGAUCUCAUGCUCAAGGAGCUCAUAUCGCUCACCGAGAAGGCGCAGGGCCGCCCCAUCGCACUGCCUGCUACGAACGGCACGGACGGCGUCGUUAAGGCUAGCGGUGCUGAAGCAACUCUAUCAUAG